CUACCUGCUGAGCGGCAGCCGGAACUCACCGCAGCUGGAAACAAGUGCUCCUUUCCGGGAAGAAAACGUGAUUUAGGUGAAUCCGUUGUCCUAACCGGGGAAAAGUACACCGAGCUAAGUUCCCCCUUCUGGGGUUCGAACCUGGAGAUGGACCGGUUCAGGUAUUUCAUUUUCAACCAGAAGAGCGUUCUGGUCCUCGGUAUCCUGCAGAUCGCCUGUGCGGGUCUUUGUGUGGUGUGUGGCUUCAUGGACGCUAUUUCCCGAAAGUACACCCAGCUGAGCGGCACCAGGGCCCCGGUGUGGGGAGGACUGUUUAUUCAGACUGCAAGUCUUCCUGCACAGAUCCUGGGCUCUCCGGGUGUCCUGGCACUGUUCGCCUCCCAAAAGAAAAACUCAGUGCUGGUGAGUGUGAUGGUGGCAGCAGCCGGCCUCUCCUGUGUGGCGGCAGCUUUUAUAUCAGGCUACUCGUGUCUGACACUCACUUAUGGGGAGGAGGAUAAGGAGGUCUUCCACCACCACGACAGUCCCAAAGUGACGUUUGUGCUUCAUCGGAUGGUGAAGGGGGCGAACGCCACCAUCCUGCUGACCUGCACCAUCAGCAUGGCUCUCUCCGCUCUCAUCGCCUAUGUGGGAUGCCGGAGUCUUCCAGGCUGCCGCUGCUAUGAUGCCAGAACCGGACUGGAGACGCUGGUUCCUCAGUGUGACCCUGGGGACACAGAGAUGGCUUGUAGAUGGCAAACAGGGGCAGACGACAGGCUGUUCAACUCUCCUGCUCCGCUCCCUGAUCGGGGCCCAACAGAGGAUGAGGAGGGGCCCUCCAAAGUGCCUCCUUACAGCAGACUGACCUGACACCCCCACACUACAUAGCCUGGUCCUGUGUGUCUCCAUCUCAGAGAGGAGGGGCUGGUUAUGUAUAUAUGUUUUUAAAAUUGAGCUUCACAAUAAUUAUUUGUGGAUUAUGGGAAUUUAAAGACUCAACUGAAGAUGUCAUAUUGGAAUGUUGUAAACCCCUGAUUAGACUACAGUCUUUAUUUCCUUUUUGACUAAACUAACAUUUCUGGAGCCAAACUCAUUUAAUCUUGCCAAGUUGAAUAUCUGUAUAUAUAAAAUGUCCAGCCUGAAACGCCUAAUUCCCUGUGUGCUGUGUGAAAGUGAGAUAUCUUCUCAAUGUAUACAUUCUUUUGUAUGUGUAUUUAAUAAAUAAAACCCUAAUGAACACAUGACCACA